ACCUCCCCUAUCCUCUGUUGCGGCGAGUGACAGGACGCUUUCUGCUCAAGCAACAAGCUUAGCGUUGAUAGCUAAGCUCUAAAAACGUACCUACCUCUUAAAUUAUUUUAGCACCACUGACGAAAUGGAGGUGCCGAUGGAUCCCUUGUUUCUUGCAUGGAGCUACUUUAGAAGACGGAAGUUCCAACCAUGUUCUGAUAUUUGUUCGAAGAUAUUAGAGGACAGUCCAUACGACCAGGGACCUGACUCCUCAUCACAUAUUUCUGAGGCUGCAUGGAGUCUGAAGACCCGUGCUCUGACAGAGAUGGUGUACAUCGAUGAGGUGGAGGUGGACCAGGAGGGGAUCGCUGAGAUGAUGCUGGAUGAAAGCUCCAUUGCCCAGGUUGCUCGCCCUGGGACAUCACUGAGGCGUCCUGAAACAAGCCAUGGAGGUGGACCUACUCCAGCUAUCAGGCCCAUUACCCAAUCGGGACGACCAAUCACAGGGUUUGUGAGGCCCAGUACCCAGUCUGGCAGACCAGGGACAAUGGAACAGGCCAUUAAGACCCCGCGCACAGCACACACUGCCCGCCCUGUCACUGGUGCAUCUGGGAGAUUUGUCCGGCUGGGAACAGCCUCCAUGUUAACCAAUCCUGAGGGGCCAUUUAUAAAUUUGUCAAGACUCAACUUGGCUAAAUAUGCCCAGAAGCCCAAUUUAUCCAAGACCUUGUUUGAGUACAUCUUCCAUCAUGAAAAUGAUGUAAAAAAUGUGAGUUAUAAAUACAGCUAUACCAUAGGUCUUUGGCUUUUCAUGCAGUUUUUGUUUGUAAGUUUCCGUCAAAAAACGAUUUGUACCUACCCUGUCAUGUUUUGUGAACAGGCUUUAGACCUGGCUGCUCUGGCCACUGAGAAUGCUCAGUUCAAAGACUGGUGGUGGAAAGUCCAGCUGGGGAAGUGCUACUACAGACUUGGUUUACACCGGGAAUCAGAAAAACAGUUCCGAUCUGCUCUCAAUCAUCAGGAGAUGGUGGACACAUACCUCUACCUGGCCAAGGUGUAUCAGCGGCUUGAUCAGCCUAUAACUGCACUGAACCUCUUCAAGCAAGGUCUGGAGCACUUCCCUGGGGAGGUCACUCUCUUAACAGGAAUUGCUCGCAUUCACGAGGAGAUGAAUAACAUCACCUCAGCCACAGAGUACUACAAAGAUGUCCUGAAGCAGGACAACACUCACGUUGAGGCUAUCGCCUGCAUAGGCAGCAAUCACUUCUACACGGACCAGCCUGAGAUCGCCUUGCGCUUUUACCGACGGCUGCUGCAGAUGGGAGUAUAUAAUUGCCAGCUGUACAACAACCUGGGAUUGUGCUGCUUUUAUGCCCAGCAGUAUGAUAUGACCCUGUCCUCCUUCGAGAGGGCUCUGGCCCUGGUGGCCAAUGAUGAGGAGCAGGCUGACGUCUGGUAUAACAUUGGACACGUGGCCGUGGGAAUAGGAGACCUGACUCUGGCAUCCCAGUGUUUUAAACUGGCCUUGGCCUUCAACAACGACCAUGCUGAGGCCUAUAAUAAUCUGGCCGUGCUGGAGCUACGCAAGGGACACAUUGAGCAGUCCAAAGCUUUCCUCCAGACCGCUGCAUCAAUUGCCCCUCACAUGUAUGAGCCACACUUUAACUACUCCACUCUGUCAGACAAGAUUGGAGAUCUGCAGAGUAGCUACACGGCAGCCCAGAGAUCAGAAGAUGCUUUCCCUGAGCAUGUAGAUACCCAGCAGAUCCUGAAACACCUGCGCCAGCACUUUGCUGUGCUGUGACCUACUGACUGACACACCUGACUUGACAGUCCAAACUUCCCAUGUGAUAACUUAGUUGUCGCAGAGUGCUGCUAUUGAACAACAGUGACUGGCCUCAUGUUCUGGUUAGACAUCAUCACAAUCUACAGAAAAACAUUCUGCUGUUUGAUGAUGGUGACAAUACACAGCCUAAAUGAUACAAAGAGCAAUUUAUUUAAAACUGCCUGGCCCAAUGCAGGUCUUAUUAGUUGUAUUUUAAGUGUUUUAUUUGCAGCCAAGAUUGGUUUUGGCAUUUGUUUUUCUCAUCAACUGUUGAUUCACAUACAUGUGUAAUAGUAUUUAAGGUACUUUUAAGCACCGAUAGUGAAUGUACAUAAUAAAGUAUGAACAUGGAAGAAAAACAUAUUUACCAUAGUACAUAUUUAUACUGCUAUCUUUUUAUAGUGUAUUCAGAUGUAAACCUGGAAUGUAUUUUGGUAUUAACAUUACUCUCGUCAUAAUUUGUAGUUUGUCUUGUUUGUAAGGAGUAAAAUAUAUACACUUUUUUUUAAGAUGCAGAACUAGUUAAGUUGUUUUAACUUUACAGUAUGAGAAUUUAUUUGAUCAGAUAAAAUGUUAUGUACAACUUAAAAGUUACAUUUGAUUCCAAUGCUUAUUAUUUUGAAUGUAUGCAUUUACUUAUUGAAAUAAUGGCAAUUUUAUAGUAAUUUCUAAGCUUUCCUUGAUUUUAUUGCACAUAUCCAUUUCAAUGGAUGCGUACACAGCAUCAUUCCAGGACUCCAUGGGAUUUAUUUUGGAAUGGAUGGCCGCACAGUCCUCCAUUCCAUAGUGGUCAUUGGGCUGUCUCAUGCCAGUACCUUUCAACCAAAUUAAAUAUUCCUUAGUUGACAUUCUGGUCUUUUCCUGAAUGAGAAUGGUACAGUGGAAACAUUUAACCAAGUACCGCUUGACAUGUUUGUCUUAACAAAUACAUAGAAGAUCAUGCCUGGUUA